UCCUCAAGUAUUUAGAUAAAACUUAUAUCUCAAAUCUUUAUUUUUUUCUCCUUCCUUCAAACAAGAACAAAAAUGGGUUUCCGUUUAUAUGCUAUUCGACGAGCAUCAUUCACUGCUAGCCAAGCAGCUUCAAAAUCAGUUAAAGUGCCAAAGGGCUAUCUUGCAGUGUAUGUUGGUGAAAAACAAAAGCGGUUUGUGAUUCCUUUAUCCUACUUGAACCAACCUUCAUUUCAAGACUUGCUGAGUCAAGCUGAGGAUGAGUUUGGGUAUGAUCAUCCCAUGGGUGGCCUCACAAUUCCAUGCAGUGAAGAUAUCUUCCAACAGAUAACUGCUAACUUGAAUGGGCUCUAAAUCAUACACUACAGGAAACUGAUGUAGAUUAAUAGAGACAAUUUUGUAAAAUAGGCAUAUGCUUAUAACUUGUAAAUAUUACUUCAUUUCACAUGAAAAGGGAAAAAAUUAUAUGAUAGAUUCACAUACAAAGUUUAUCCUUUUUUUUGAGUGAUGACAAUUAACUCAGUUACUAAAUGAUUCUUUUAUCAAUUCAAGUUUCCACUUCUUCCUACAAGUAGGGUCUUAUGCA